UACUCUAUUAAAACGACUCAUAACUGUUUUUACCGUGGUCUACACCGAUAACAACAACAAUACGCGCACUCCAUCCAGCAAUCGAAUUUCGAUACAUCUCCUGCACUUGUUUGCCGUUCUUUUGUUUCUUCGGCGGCACUCUCACAGCAAUGUUGAUACGUUGUGCGUCGCGACCCUUAGCGCUAGGGGCGAGGGCGGUAUCCGCGAGUUCCUCGAAACCGUGUGCCGGGGCAGCCGCGGUGUCGAAGAGGGAGGACUAUUACAAAACGUUGGGCGAGCAUGUGGACGAGUCUAAGCCUCCCGGUUGGGAUUCCGCGCGACCUUUUGAGGAAAUUCCCGGCCCCAAGCCGCUGCCUAUUGUGGGAAAUUUGCUGAGGUUCAUGCCUUUUGUCGGGGAGCUGUACAAGACUCCAAUCUUGGGGAUGUUCCAAAAAUUCAGGGAACAAUAUGGAGAUGUGGUAAUCCUGAAAGGUAUUCCCGGGCGGUCAGAUUACGUAUAUAUUUACGAUACGAAGGAUAUUGAAAAUCUUCUCAGGAAUUCAGGAACCUUUCCAGUGAGGAGAGUAUUGGACGUUUUCGUCUAUUACCGUACUGUCGCUAGAAAAGACAUAUUUCAAGGUAUCGGAGGGGUGUUAACAGUACAAGGAGAAGAUUGGUUCAAAAUCAGAACCGUAGUUAAUCCUAUCCUGAUGCAGCCGAAAACCGUCCAACAGUACAUGUCCAAGCUAGAUGGUGUAGCAGGUGAACUAGCAGAAAACAUGAGGCAUUUCUCGAGACUCAACGAAACCCAUCAGAUGCCGGACGAUUUCGUGAACGAGCUGUACAAGUGGGCUCUGGAAUCAGUCGGUAUCAUGGCUCUCAAUAAGCAUUUCGGUUGUCUGGAUUUGACGACACCGCAAGAUUCCGAUCCGAAGAAACUAGUAACUGCCGUUUUAAAUAUGUUCAAACACUUGUAUCUGAUAGAAACUUCCCCACCGCUUUGGAAGUUCAUCAGCACGCCGUUGUACAAGAAAUUCGUCAAAAAUUUGGAUUUCAUAACAAGCAUCAUUGUGAAGACUAUAGACGAAGCCUUAGCUGAACCCAUCGACGAGUCAGUGCCAGAGCACCAACUCAGCGUCCUUCAUAGACUUGGAAGAAAAGACAAGCGAAUAGCCUUCACCAUGGUGAUGGACAUGCUGAUUGCCGGAUUAGAUACGACCGGUAAAACCCUAGGGGCGAUCCUCUAUUUCCUUGCCAAGAAUCCGGACAAGCAGGCCAAGCUGCGAGAGGAGAUUUUCGAAGUACUUCCCGAGAAGGACUCUGUUGUUACCGCGGAGGGCUUGGGGAGGAUGCCCUACUUGAAGGCGGUCAUUAGGGAAUCUAACAGGAUUGCUCCGGUCGCCGUGGGGACUGUCAGGACUACGGUGAAAGAACUGGUGCUAGGAGGGUACCAGAUUCCAAAGGGGACCAACGUGACGGUCGUUUCGAUUUGCACGUCGAAUUCUUCGGAACACUUCAAGGACCCGGAGAAAUACAUGCCGGAACGUUGGCUGCGAGAUACAAACGAUGAAUACUCCUCCAAAAACGUACAUUCAUUCGCAAGUCUUCCAUUUGGAUUCGGGCCCAGAAUGUGUGUAGGCAUGAGAUUCGCUAGUUUGGAACUGGAGUUGGUUCUUGUGAAGAUUAUAAGGAAUUUCGAACUGUCCUGGGAACAUCCCGAUAUGGAGUUUGCUUCACAUUUGUUGUAUGGAAUAAACAAUCCGUUGAAACUAACCGUAAAAGAGUUGACCAGAUGAAGUAUGUGUCAUAUAUUAGAAUACAGAAUUGCAUAAUUUGUAUAGAUUAGAUGGAGUUUUGA